UCAAAUACUUUAAUCACUUUAUAUAAUAAUUCAAAUUAUACAAAUAAGCUACAAUUAACUAAACUAAAACUACUAUAAAACUAAAAAUCUAAAUCUAAAAUAGGACCCCGUCGCAUGGUGCCGAGAAUGCUGGCAGCGUUUCCUCGCUGGAUUGCUAUGUUCAAGGGUUGGGCGAGGAAGCUGCCAGCUCUCUUAUCCCCGGUCCCAUCCACCAGCCGUUUCGCCAAUUGCCGGUAUAGGCCCUGUGCUGCGGGGCCCCACGGACCAAGAGUCUCGACUCCAAAUGCAACAAAGUUGUAGUUGGUGUCGAGACUCCUGUAUUUGCGCUUUUUGAGGGCCUCGGCCGCAUGAUAACAUAACAUGAUUAAAAUCGACAAGUCCACAUCUCUAAAACGCAAACAUACAAAGCUUGCCCACCACCUAAGUGGCUACGGCUUCAGUAUCAAAUUAUGUACUAAAAACAGACAACGGGGGCCUUGGGUAAGGGCCCCGACCCCCACGCACCGCGCUUCUAAUGAAUUUCGAUAGAGUUAGAGCUCGGUUUCAGUCAUUUAAUCAGAGACAUGUCAAACACUAAAAAAAACUUUUUGCAUAACUUUAUGGCUGUUUGAAAAUAUUGUCAAUGCCAUUAAAACUUGCACCUGUCACAAUUUGUUGCGGAAAACAUAAGAGCUACAUCAGUUGCGUGAAACGUAUUUUUUCUUUUCAAGCUAGGUUAAUAAAAAUGAACUCUGAUUUAAAAAAAUAAAGCUCUAGUUGCUGUAGCAACAUAAGGAAAAAUAACCUAAAACUCUUUGGUAUCUGAAUUGAAUAGCGUCAAUCGCAUUUAGUUUUUGUGAUGUCAAAAUUAUUUAUCGUACGUUUUCGCGGGAAUCGCGGGAGAAAUUGUUAAUAAAAUGACCUAGCAACUUAUUGAAAAUAACUUACAGAAGCAAUCUAAAUGGUGUGCUAAGUUUUCAAGCCAAACAUUACUAUUUCGCGAACUGCGUGAACUGUUAUCAACAACAAAUGAUAUGACAUUAUUGAUUUUUGGAGGUUGUAUACGAAAUUCCAGUUGCACAUAAAAAAUGUGAAAAUAAAUUAACAAGUGCCACUUUUACCCAUAAUAUUGACGGUAAAUUCGUGUCAUUAGAGUUCAUAAUGCGUCUUAAGCGCCGUUUUCACAUAUUAAAAGGGUUCAAACUUGUGUAAUACGUGUUGGUUGUGUAGAUGAAAUAAUCGCGGACAUGGCUCAGUGCUCUACGGAUGCAGACGUCCACGUAGCAGAGGCGGACGCGGACGACCAAGAGCUCGAUUUAGAGAUCAGUGUGGACAAGAUUGACGAGGGAUUGUUUCUGGGGAACCUAGCAUGUGCCCGGGAACAGAAGACCCUGGAAACCCUUGGGAUCACACACAUACUGACCAUAGACCUGGUGCCACUGCCCAGGAGUCUGCAGGACAGGAUCAAAGUUGUCUUCAAGUAUGUCAAAUUGGCCGAUGUACCAAAAGAUGAUCUGAUCUCCCAUCUGCCAGAAUGCAACGAAUUUAUCGAGAACGCCGUGGAAGCUGGAGGGAACGUCCUGGUGCAUUGUUACUUUGGCGUGUCGCGCUCCGCUGCGGUUGUCGUCGGCUAUAUUAUGAAAAGGUAUUUCCUGGAUUAUGAGGACGCCUUCAGGUUGGUGAAGUCACAUCGGCGUUUUGUCGGACCCAAUCCUGGGUUCGUCGCUCAGCUGAAAUUGUACGGACAGAUGGGCUAUGUGCUCAAUAAGGACGACCCGAGAUACAAGCAGUUUCGACUAAAAAUGGCGGGACAAAAGCUAAAACAAGUAAAAAUCCUUCCCCAACUCUUUGCGGACCUGAUCAAACCGGACCCGGGGCUGGUCCGCGAGCGUCCGGACCCGGUCGUGUACCGCUGUAAAAAGUGUCGCCGUGUUGUCGCCAGUCAGAACAACAUCAUACCACACGUGCCCAAGCAGGUUAAGGUGGAGUUGGCUAAGAAAGGUAUCAGGCCAUCUAUAUCCAAGCUGCCCGGUCUGCCGUGCUCCGAGAACGGUCAGGUCCUCAUCCAGAAACUGAAAAGCUUGGCGUGUCAGAUCCUCGACAAUGAUACUUCAGAGACCACAGGGGUCCCGGCCACGCUGGAGGGCGAGGGACCGAGCCAUUUGGACGGCUACCACGAGCAGAACUUGGUGGACGCCGCGAUAGCCCCCCGGGACUGCACCGACGUGUGCCGCCUGAUGCUGUUCGUGGAGCCCAUGGCGUGGAUGAGCGGCGUCACCCAUGAUGCGCAGGGGAAGCUGCACUGCCCCAAGUGCAGCAACAAGAUCGGCAGCUUCAGCUGGGUGUGCGGUUGCAAAUGUCCGUGCGGACAGAAAGUUGCGCCCGCUUUCUACCUCGUACCGUCGAAGGUGGAAUGGUCCAAUAUUGUACAAAAUGUACAAGUCACGGUCUAGACCCCAGCGGGGCUGAUGGUCGCGCUUUGAUGAUAUAUAUUCCAUGCUUAAAUUGCAUAAAGACCCUUCUCUAAUGGAAAGCAACAAAUAAAUUAAUGCGCUAUACUUAAAACGUCUACAAACAUUUUACGUGGACCCGGGUACGUCCUUAAACUACGUCCACAAGAGAGGUAUGGGGACUGUGAAUGUCAUCUCGCUCUAUGUGGUAGGGCACAGCACAGCGGAUGUCAUUCCAGAUCUAGAGCAGAGCCCAACUGGGGAAGUACCUCCAUCUUACAGAAAACCGCAGCCAAAUAACACUUGACCCUACUCAUAGUGUUGUGUUCCUGCCGGUGAGUAAGGUUGCCAGAGCUCAACGAGGGUGCGGAGUGUUAGGGUCGGCAACGCGCAUGUAACUCUGAAGUUGCAGGCGUACAUAGGCUACGGAGACUGCUUACCAUCAGGCGGGCCGUAUGCUUGUUUGCCACCGACAUAGUAUUAAAAAAAACAUUUUACGUGAUACUGUUCUAUGUAAAAAUAAACUGUCAUAUAAUUAAUAGAUCAUGUCAUUCGCGAAGACGUGUGCGUUAAAUCGUAAUUUCAUGUUAAUAUAGGUUAGAUUUGACAAAUCUACACGUCAUCGUGGAUGACACAUACUAUACACGCGAGAUGGAGAUGGGGGUCCUAAAUUCACAGCCUAAACCCUAGCCCCCUUAUUCAUAAACGUGUACUAAAGUUACGAUGCCGCUGAUCAUCGUUUGUCCCUUUCCAUCAUAUCUAUACGUCGGAAAGGGACAAACGAUGAAUGAAUAAGGGGGUAAGUCUCUAAAUCCUGCUAAUAAUAUGUGUGUAGAUAAAGCAGUGUAUGUAACUGUACAUAAUUAGGCAUUAAAACAUCCCUUUUAUUAUGUAGCAGCAAAGAGAAUUUGAAAUAGAUGUGGAUUGUCAGUAAACUUUGUAGCCACAGUAAAUUUACUGCUAUCUUUCGACAAGUGAUUGAACUUUUAGAACGCCAUUUGACUUUGAUGCUUAUUCUUUCACUGAUAUGUGUUAAAUAUGUUAAAUAUCAAAAAGUGGCGCCAUCUACUAAUAUAUCAAAGGUAUGGCGGCAUCGUUUCAAGCAAUGACGCCACAACCUUUAACCGAUGCUCGGUAAGAUGGCGCCAUUUUUUAAUAUUUAACAAAUUAUGCACACAUCAGUGAAUAAGUAUCAAAGUCAAAAGGCGUUCUAAAAGUGUUAAUCUUGUCUUGUGUCGAAAGAUGACAGUAAAUUUACUGUGGCUACAAAGUUUUCUUUGACAAUACACCUCUAUUUCAAAUUCUCUUUGGUAGCAGUCACACAAACCAUUACAUUUUGUCAUAUAACAGUUGACAGAUGUCUACAGUAUAAAAAUUAAAAUCCACGAUUGUAUUUCUGCAGAAAAAAAAACAAAAAUCCAGAAAAAUAUAGGAUUUCAUACAUUAGUUUUUUGUUGUUAUUCGGAUUAAAUCGAGGAAAACGAUAUAGAAUCUAGAACACGUUAAAUGUGUCCGUGGUCGGCAAUACGUCCCACUUUGUCGCUUGCCAUAAGGACGCCUUAACAGUUUAUUCGUAUUAAGAUACAUGCAAAUCUCGUCCUUAUAGUAAGCGAUAAAGUGGGACAUUUGACCAUCUCGACACAUUUAUGUAUGUAUAAGAAAAUUUUCGUGUGUGCUCAUUGUCUGUAUUGAAAUUAAUCAAAGUUUUUAGGAUAUAGUGGUUCUCGAUACAAACUUAUUCCCAAUUUGCCUCCGUGGGUACAUUAUAAAAAAUAUUUGUACGCAAUUUAAUGUAUAUUGAUCAUGGCUAAGACCCUUCGUUUGAUUUUUUCGAUUUUUUUUUUUUUUUAUAAGAGUGACGUGUUUUUUAAAUUCGUAUGGAAUUUGCUUUUCGCUCCUAAGUCUUCAAAUAGUUAAAAACCGAAAAAAUCAAAUGAAGGGACAUAGCUAUACUUAAUAAACGUCUAAUUUUAUAAAAUUAUUUUAUAAUGAUCACGCGCCAUAUUGCGGAAUUUCAUUGGAACUUAAUUUUUCAUACUAAACUGAACUGUCACCCUAUACAUGAGAAUAACAGCGCCCUGUUGACAAUGAUCAUAUAUUUCUGGUGCUUUAAUUGGUUGCACAUGUUACGGAGCAAGUGAUAAAUCGGUCAUUUUUCAUAAUGCCCGGUUAUGAAAUGGCAAUUUUAAAAUAAUAAAAUUACUCGGACGUUAUACAUAAUGUCUAUCAACUAUUGGGCAGAGUAAUAAAAAAACAUGUUUCAUUACUAUAGUCUGUCAAGCCAUUUCCGUCAGUAGAAAUAAGCGGCAAAUUUAAAAAAUGUACGCGCUAAUAGAGAAUUUAAAUUUCGCGCCUUUUUCUACUGACAUACUUGUUUGGCUGGCUAUAUAAUUUUUAUUUUUGACAUUAAAAAUGAAAACAGAAUUAACAUAAAAUUCCAUCGUUUCCUUAGAUGCAUUUACCUAAAGUGCUUUUUUUUUGUCAAAAUUAGUUUUCGCAAAGUGAAAAUUAGUUUUCACUAAUUAUAAAAUAAAUCGUGACUACAACUGUAAGGGGUCACCAUUAAUUACAUCACACGUUUAGAGGGGGUCAAGAAAAUGUGACAGCUUUGUGACGUCACUACCAUCAUCAGUAGCCGAGUUUUUUUUUUUUCAUUUUAUUCUUUGGAAAGUUCGGAACGAUAAUCGUUUACGUGUGUUUGAUUUUCUUUCCUAAUCGGUUUUGUGUUAUAAAAUUACUAAUAUUAAGUAUAUUUCUUUUAUCAAUUAUCAUAAAUAUUUUGAUAAGUCAAAAAAUGUGACGUCACACCAGGGGGGAGGGGUUUGCCAAAUGUGAUUGUGACAAGGAGGGGGGAGGAGUCGUCGGUGAAAUUCGUGUGACGUAAAUGGAUGACCCCUAAUACCUGUACAUGUUAUAAAUUCUAAUAUAUGUAAUAUUAAUUAUGUAGAUAAUAUUUGGAUGGCCUUCUUAAUAUAGGAAAUACUCUGAACAUAUUUGUAUUAAGUAUAUUAAUUAUUCUUAAUAUAUCUGUAAUCACUAUUUUCAAUAAGCCUCAUAUAUAUGUUUAUUUCUUUGAAUAGAGUCAAUACAUGAGGCCAAUUGGAACGAAUAUUUUGUUGUCUAAAUUAUUUCAAUUUGUUAUCGCUCGCUCGUGCGUCUCGCUCUCACCAAUACAUGUGCGAACAAGUAAGAGCGAAAUGCACGCGCUAUGACAUCAUUUAGAUAUGAGAAUGUAAGUUUAAAUAGGGAAUAUUACGCGAAACUCUGCGUAGGGGGCGCCACUACCACAAUCCAUUACAAUCUGAGGGUCUACCGCGAAACAAAAAUCAAAAUUAUUUAUUAUCUAACCUCUCUGUCACUCUUGCGUAUUCGAGAGAUAAAGAGGCAUAUAGAUAAAUUUCGAUUUUCGCGUUUCCCGGUAGGCUCUUUGUAAACAAACCGCCUUGAUGCAUCAAUGUUAUAUUCUAUUAUCUGUGAAAACUUGUCAAAAAAACAGUUUAAGGGACAAUAUUUGACAUUAUCUAUGAAAAGGGACCUUAUUGUCGCCAUUACCAACGAUGCUCCCAUAUUAUAGACAACGCCGCGGUACGCAGUGCGGCGUAAGCGCCAUCGACAAUAAGGUCCCUUUUCAUAGAUAAUGUCACAUAUGUAAGUUACUCUAUGGUUUACGAUAGGUGCUAGUGCUGCGCUCUGGCGGCAGAACAUUGCAGUAAUACUCCCUAUUGGAGUCCAUAUUUCUGAUUGUUUAAUGGAUGCAGAAACGAAAUAGGUAUAACAGUUAUUUUUAAUAAAACAUUGUUUCAAUGAAGCUUGUAUAGAUAUAUUUUUGCAAAACAUAAUUUUUAUUCAAAAUUAUGUUUUUAAGGCCUUCAAGUAAUAUGUCUUCCUAUAUAGUUACGAAAAAUAAAAAUAAAAAAAUUCUACAGUAACCUUGAAUCUAUCCCAAUUUUUAAAAAUUCCCGCAACUUGUCAUUUAAACUUUUGUCGGUGUAAAAUCUUCGCUGGUCUCAGGUGUUGUCGAGGUGAUAAAUAAGAGUGGACUGUAGUAUAGACGCUGGUUUAUUUCAAAAAAUACAAAAAGUGGCAAAUAGUCGUUGGGAAUUGGAUAACAACCGUAAGUUUUCGAAAUCUCUAUGAACUGUCAGUUUUAAAUAUAAAAUUGCCAUACUUAAAUUUGAACAAAGAGAUAUGAAUUAUGAUUGAUUUUUUUUUUAUGGUAGAGGAGGCAAACGAGCAGACGGACCACCCGAUGGCAAGCGACUACCGCCGCCCAUGGACACCUGCAACACCAGAGGGGGCGCAAGUGCGUUGCCGGCCUUUAAGAUGGGAGUACGCUCUUUUCUUGAAGGUUUGAUUUAUACAUUUUAUUGAAUAAUUUUGCUUAAAAAUAUGCAAUUUGAAUAAAAUUAUUUUGUUACAUGAAAUUAAAAUUAUUAUAUGGAAUUUUAUGAAGUUCGUUUUUAUUACAAACAUUGAUUACGUAGUGCCGUUACAACGAACAAGGAUCAAAAAUAUGUGUAUUUUUGAACAUUUCGUAACAGUCGGCUUUGUCAUUUAAAAAUGUCACGCACACACCAACAUUUAUGAUAUAAAAUGUACAGGGUUUUUCAAUGUUAUUGUGUUGUAUUGUACGGUCAACCAAUUGGAUUCCUAGGCCACUAUAGAACCAUGUCAUAAUGACUUCUACGACAGUGCUUAUUGAGUGAUGCAUGUCAUGUAUCUUAUACCUUUAAACGAGCAAUUCUUGUAUAUAUAUAUGUAUAUAUAUUUCUGUGAUCUCGGAAACGGCUCUAACGAUUUCGCUGAAAUUUGGUAUAUGGGGGUUUUUGGGGGUAUACAAUCGAUCUAGAGAUUAGUCUUGUUUGGGAAAACGCGUGUUUUCGAGUUUUUAUGCGUUUUUCUUUCGACGCAGAAUAUGGUCGCUAAUUUCGUGUUGCCGGCCACUGUCCGUCUGGUCCAGCGGGUUAGGACGCGGACGGCUAGAAACGAGUGUUACGGGUUCGAAUCUCGCCCGGUGACUUACUUUUGUUUUUUUUUUUAUAUGUUCAAGUUUAUAUAUUUUUUAAUUUUUAUUGUUUUAGACAAUUUUAUUUACUAAAAAAAAAUAUUUACGAUUAUCACCUAUAUACACCACCAUAUUACAAUAAAUAGUUAGAACCGAGCAAAGCUCGGUCGCCCAGGUACUAGAGUAGUUAAAGCGACUAGGUUCUGUAGUGGCCUAGGAUUCAAAUUGGUUGAGUGUACCUAUAUUUUCAUUGAAUAAAUUAUAUGUAAGAUGUUAAACGCACAUUCAUAGUGGUGUAGAAUUAUAAUAAAUUCCAGUAUAUAUAAUAAUAACAGUGUAAAAUAAACCUCAUUUUCCUAAAAUAAGUAAAUAUAUCGUAUGUAAAAAAAAUCAUAUGUUUAAAUAUAAAACAGCAUGUUAUAUAUAUUAUUUUACAAAAAUAGUAAAAAUCAGGUCUCGUUACAAUAGUUCAUAGAUAUAACAUAUGCUCUAUAUACAUAACCCCUUCUACAAUAGACGGUUCCAAUUGAGGUGCAUUGGGGUUAUGUCGAAAUCGGGAUAUAUUUAAAAAUAAUAAAUAUCUAAUAAACUAAAGUUCGCAAUCCGCAUUGGGUUAGCGUGGGGACUAUAGCCCAAGCCCUCUCGCUCAUUAGUGGCCAGGGCCCAGCA